AUGACUGCAGCAAUAUUCACCAGGGGGCCAAGCGACUUGUCGCACACGUACGGCCUUUCGCCGACUGCAGAAAGAAAGCCGCUGGAAAAGGGCUCAUCCUCGUUCAUAUCAAGUUCGAGGAGUGCAGAGUCAAGAUACCUUGGCGAGCUGGAGACGUCAUUCAGCAACCUCGACACGAAAGAAACACCGACUAUCCUCGUACGGAAGCUGCCUCGCAGCACAGGAAAAGAAGCACUCCGGAGUUUACUCAUAUUUGCGAAAGACUUUCUCGAUGCGGACUUUGUGCCGUCGGACAACCCAGAAGAUGCCGGCUUCGUAACCGCUGUCGCACGGUUCAAAACCACGACUGGCGCACACGAAGCGAGGGAGAGGCUUAACGGGAAAGUUAAUUCGGCAAAUGACGCGAAUCUAAUUGUUGAAGUAAUCCAGAGUGCUGCAGUUGGGCCCAUCGGGACAAGAAGGAACACGGUUGACGGAACCUCGAACCGCCAUGGCUCAAACUCAACCACAUCUUCAGGAACGUCGGUCAAUAAUGGUUACAGCAACCGACAAUCAUCGCGAUACAAUGGGACAUUUCAGUCGAUGGAGAAGAUGUCUCCACCCAACGGGACCCCAGGUCUUGGCAACGGCGUCUUUUCGGUCCCAGAAGCCGGUCUGCACGUCCAGACCCUCUUCUCGCCCCAAUCGCCGAUCGGCACCUCUUUCGGAGAACGGCCUCGUGUGAGCGGCAAGUCAGUCAUCAACGACGAUGCUGGCGAUGAUGAUGAGCUGCUCAAAGACCCAGUGGCUUACGCGAAAAGCGGCCAGUCCACUCUGCAGCGGCGCACAACAAAUCCCCAGUUGCCCGUGAGUCGCUUCGCUGGUCUCCCAACUGGCACAAGUAACAGCAAUAGCCCUGGCAUAGCAUCCCCAUCGCUUUCAAGCUUCGCAUCUCCCCGGACUGUCGGAUCCGUGCAAUCGCCCGCUAGCUCCGCCAUGUCUCCCAUGUCCCAACACGGUAUGGCGUCGGCAAUGAGCAACAUGGGCCCCAAUGCCAACUACCAGUUGACGCCACAGCAUUACCAGCGACACAAUUAUCCUCCUGUCAAUCCAGCCGACCAAAAUCCACCUUGCAACACGCUUUACGUCGGAAACUUGCCGAUUGACACGUCAGAAGACGAGCUCAAGGCAAUGUUCUCGAAACAGCGAGGCUACAAGCGUCUGUGUUUCAGGACUAAGCAGAAUGGGCCCAUGUGCUUCGUCGAAUUUGAAGAUGUGUCAUUCGCAACAAAGGCACUAAACGAACUCUACGGACAUCCGCUUCACAACAGUGUCAAAGGCGGCAUCAGGCUAAGCUUCUCAAAGAACCCCCUCGGAGUUCGGACCGGUCAGAAUGGCAGCAUGCCGCCGACCCCAAUGACUCCUCAGCAGUUCUCGCCUGGCAUGGGCAGCGGCCUAGGUUCCCCACCAGGGUUCGCCACCGCGACUGGUCCACCGCCGGGCUUAGCACCGCCUGGUCUCGCUUCACCUGCCAGUAUGGGCGCAAACACGAGCUUCGGUACGUUUGCCAACGGUGGGUUUGGUAUGCCUGGCGCUGGUAUGCCGAUAAGAGCGCAGGCGAUGUCGAGUGGCUCUGCUGCCAACUCUGCAGGAGGCGGCGGCUACGGUGGAAUGGGCGGCUAUGCCGACUAUAUGAUGGGAAGAUGA